AUGGGUGCAGCCUCCUCUACAGAGUCCACUGCAGAUACAACAAAGAAGAGGUCGAAAGGGAAGUCAAAGAAGAAAGCGGCUGCAGAACUCCAAGACGGCAAGAGGUCGGAGAGACCCGAAGCGCCGGAUGCAGAGGAUUUGCAACCCGUCCUUCCAGAACAUCUUCCAGAGCUUUCUCAGACUCUGGGUCCAGAGGGCCCGGAGUGGCCGGAAGGAUGUCCUGAGCCUAGAGCCAAAGUGCCCCCUUCGAGACCUGAAAGCGAGGGACUCGAGGCGCAGGAGACUUUGCCACUGCCGGACGUGCACUUCGAGACAACUCCGUCCGUAGAAGGCGAGGCUUACGACAACUUCGAGCUGGAAGGUUACGACAACUUCCCAGAAACUCGAGAGCGGGAGUCGUUUGGAGUCUUCGGGUUCUUGCCCGCGAAGAAGGACCUGCAGAGCAGCGCCUCCUACCGCAUCCCUGCAAGGGGGCACCGAAAUUCCAAUGUCCACUCGUCGCAAGCGCUCCGAGUACGAUUUCUUCGAGUUAGUGUUCCGCAACAGAGCACGGGCUUGCCAGGAGAUUUGGCAGAUCUGUAUGUGAAGCUUCGGCUUGGACCCCAAAGCUUUCGAACCCCUUGUAUUGAGAAUGGUCAGACGGUGGUUGAUGGCAAUGACUUCACAUUUCAGUUGGUUCACGACAGCCUUCAGCUUGAGGUCAUGAGGGUAAGCGCGUUUAGGGAUGAACUGCUGUGUAAAGUGUCUGUGGAAUUGGGCCGGCGUAAUCUCGUGGCCGGCGAGUGGCGGCGGCAACGGCUCCCAUUUCCAGACAGAAAUGGCGAAGUAGAGUUUGAGCUUCUACUGGGUACAGCGGUUGAAGUGGCAGCGCAUACGGCAGAACCGAAGAGAACGGCAGCUGGGGAGGAGGAGCUUGAGUACCAGGUGGGGCCUCGCAUGUUCCAGCCAAAAGCCCAUGCAUUGCCAUGGGAAGGUGUUCGGGUGUUGGAACUUACCCGCCGAACAUGGGCUGCUGCACUCUGCGGCCAGAUGAUGGCCGCAUCCGGUGCUGAGGUCAUUCGUGUAGCUUUCGGAGAGGAGGCACUUCUUGCACGAAAGAAAGGAAAUGCCCCUAGGAGGCCACUGAGAUCGAAGGAUACGGAUAGCUUGGAGAAGGCAAAGGCCAACCUGGUGCCACGGCAGCUCCACGUGGGGAAACGUCUUGCCCCUCUCCACCCCGAAGAUCCCGAAGAAAUGGCUCUUCUCCGAUCAGACCUCUUGACUGGUUGCAACGUCUUCCUCACAGAUCUUCCAGCAGAUGAGCUGGAGGACAUGCAACUCAGCGCACAGACUAUGCGAAGCAGGUUCCCCCACUUGAUUUACAUACAUACCUCCUGCAUCGGGAUGCUUGCAGAUGUCGCCAAGAAGGGAGUAAACGAUGCCGGCGCAUUCUUCUGCUUGUCGGGAAUGGCCGAGCAGCUUGGACAUUUUCUAGGCCCGGCUGGCUUUGCAGCAGCAGUCUCGGCCUCCGCCUUGUUCGGAGUUGCAUGCAUGGCGGUGAUGCGUCGGCGGUGUGGCAGUCCAGGAGACCGAGUUGAGAUGAGCAUUUUCAGGGCAGGACGAUGGUGUGCAGCUCUUGGUGCUCUGACUGGAUGGCACAAGCCACAGCAGCCGGAUUUGCGAUUUUUCGUGGAGCCAGACACAAAGAAGAUGCUAGCGACGCCAUUCGACGUCGAAGGUGUGGCGCACAUCCGACCGGCGAUCAGGUCAUCGCAUCCCGACACACACAUCAGAUGGACCGUCAAGGAUCCAGCAUCACUGAUGCCUGGUGUAAUGCAAGGCUGUCCAAUUGCGUCUGAGUUACCACUAGCUCGGGUUUCCGUCAUUGAGAUCAGCGACGAGUAUCAAGUAUCCGCUUCUGCAGUCGGGGCGCUCCUGGCCGACUUAGGCGCUCGCGUAACAAAGUUGGAGCGACCGCAGAGACCAGACCCUUGGAAGAGAACCUGUCCCCAGCUCUACCAAGACUUGACGGCCAGAAAGAGUGUGAGCGUGGUGAACUAUUCGGGAGUGGGAGGGGUUGAUGCCAGGGGGGACCCCGUGCCAGGACAAGCAGCUUUAUACAGGACGUUAGCUCAAGCGACGAUUCUAGUCACAAACUUGCCGUUGGCAGCGCUUGCAGCUUGGGGUCUUGAGCCCAAGCAUAUGCGGGAGAUGUUCCCUCACUUAAUCAUCCUCUGGAUCACGACAUGGGGUUGUGACGAGAUGGCCCGCCAAAAGGAAUUGACCUUUGGCCGGAAGGGAGGUCAAGAAGCACAUGCUUUCUGGGAGGCAAGUGGCCUGUGCCAGGCCUUCAACGGAAAUGCCAUGCCACCGGGGUUGAGCGAGUUGGCAGUGGCGCAACAUGCCUUGGGAGGCUUGGGUAUGGCUUUGCUACGCCAGCAGCGAACUGGAGCUGGGCAGCUCGUUCACAUCAGUCGGUACCAAGCGGGCCUCUACUGCCAAAGCAUUUCGAGCAUUGAGCCCGUUGCACUGCUGGCAAGUCCGCUUCUCCAGACCCUGGACGGCCGAUUCCUCCGAUUGCUUGGACGAGGGCAUCAGCCGCACGAUGCGUGGGUCCUCCUGCAUGCUUUGGGCCGCCGAGAGGGCCUGAUGAAACGUGCUGGAAACAUGGACGCGCUGCGUGAGGAGCUCCAGGGGUACACUUGGGAGGAUCUUCAAAAGCAUCAAGACGAGCUGCUGGCAUGUGCCAGGAACUGGAGCUUUCAGGACCUGGUCAAGGCCUUCCAGGAGAAGGGCAUUGACUGGAUUGUCGAGGAAAUGAGGCCCAUGGAUGCAGAGGCUCUGCACAGGCAACGUGCAGAGCAGGUGGAGGCUUUGCGGCAACGUCAGCAAGACGCUGCCGAGAAAGCCUUGGAGAUGGCCCAACGAGCCGUUGAGCUUCAGCGCGAUCUCUCCGAUUCGAAGGGCCACGCACAACGCGAGCUUCAGGAGCAGUUGGCCGAUCAAACAGAGCAGCAGCAGAAGAUGGAACUCCUCCGUGAGCAAUACCAGACAGGGGUGGCACCUAUCGUGGGUGUGACCGUUGAUGGCGCGGAAGGACUUGAGAGCGACAGCAAAGUGGCCAACCUGGAUACGUACUGUGUCAUCGAGAUCGCAAACAAGCCGCACACCCGAUUACAAACGGGAGUGCUCGAGGGAACGGAUCCAGCCUGGGACUUCACCGGCCUGCUCCAGAACUACGCUUUUGGAGACGUUCUGAAGUUUGCCGUGUACUGCAAGGAAUCUCGGCUCAGUCCGCGGGAGUGCUCCUUGUAG